UCAAUACUUUGAUUACAUUACUAAUAUAAUCAAACAGAACAUAUUUUAGGGCUACAUAAUUACACAUAUUUGACAGUUAAUCAAAAUUAAUAUCAAUAAAUAUUAAUCAAGUAAUCAAUUAAAAUUGUGAACAUUCAAAACAAUCAUUUAUUUAUUUGUUGUGUUUUGCAUUGGGGAUAUUGGUGAUUAGGCCAUCUCUGCAUUGGUAUCCAUUGGCGACCCCGUAUCCUUGGUGACGGCUAGGCUAGCAACCAUAUACAUCAACAUAGGCAGUGGGAGUGACGUGGCCAUGACGACAACGGCUCGCUUCACUCCGGUGGCUGUACCAAAUGAAAAUGGAUCAUCUACUACCACGGUAGCGACUGCGUCAACAUCAUCCACAGUGGUUGUUGAAAAUACAUCACCCCCUGAUGUAACACAUUCCCCAACACAACAACAGCAACCCGCCUUGAUUGUACUGCCAGCCAGUUUGCACCAGAGUGCAACAACUAGUACCGUAGUAAAUGGGGUGACAGUUCCGGUCAUAGAUGUGAGUGGGGGCUUAGAUGGAACUGGUGACAGUAGUAAUGAGAGUAGCGCAUCACAAACAGGACAGCAUCAUUCAGAAGUGGAAAUUACAUCAGUAGCGGCAGGAACCGUUGUUCCACAAGAACAACCGAGUCCACAUUUUAUAACAGUUACAGUAUCAGCAGACGGUGAAACCGUGGCGUCGCAUCAAGGAUAUCAUGUGCAGUACGUCGAACCUGAGUUGUAUGCAGCAACUCAGGCAAACGGUACAGCUCAGGGACAAAUGGCUUACCCAGUGUACACAGUUAAUGAAUCAGGUACACUCUACGCUGGACAAGGACAAUAUUAUACAACGGGCGCCCCAAAUGGAGGCGCUGUGGGUUAUAGUGCACCAGCUCAUUAUCUUGUACAGUCCACAACAGAUGAUAUUUUAGCGCGAACAUCACCUCAAACUACAGCAGCUGACGCAUCUUAUGGGACUGGUGCAGGUACUCAUGUCGCAGUAACCUCCACACAGAGCGGCGGUGGGCAAAAUGCAACUGAUGUGGCAACCGGGUUAGGUCACGCCACUAGAGUGUCCCCAGCUACUGUUCAAUGGUUACUGGAAAAUUAUGAAACUGCUGAAGGGGUAUCAUUACCACGGAGUACAUUAUAUGCUCAUUAUUUACGACAUUGUAGUGACCAUAAAUUGGAACCAGUCAAUGCGGCAUCUUUUGGAAAAUUAAUCCGAUCAGUUUUUCUAGGUUUACGUACACGGCGAUUGGGUACAAGGGGUAAUUCGAAGUAUCAUUACUAUGGCAUUCGAGUAAAGCCAAGUUCAUCUUUGGUUAGUAUGAUGGAUGAUACUACAAAUAAUUCUGUAGGAAAUAACAUGAAUUCUGUGGGACAAGUAGGGGGUAAUCAACAUAAUUCUGGUAAAACUGUUACACGAUUUAAGCGUGACGAUAGUUUUAAUGCAUCGGAACAAACGCAUCAUCAUGAAUUCCUAGGUGAAGGAAAUGGCUCAAUCCCUGAUUUUCCAGAUAUACCAGUAAUUGCAAAUUUACCAGGUGAAUGCAGUAUGGAAGAUGUUGAUACAUUACGAUCAAUAUAUCGCGAACAUUGUGAAGCCUUUUUGGAUGCCAUAUUAAGCUUAGAAUUUACAACAGUUGAAUCUUUAUGGCGUGAAUUUUGGCGUGCCCAAGACAAUAAUAAUGGUGAUGAAUGCGAAGAGGAAAAAUAUUUAUCAAAAUCAAAAUUGUAUGCACUUUGCACCUUGGAGCCGAUUCAGGAAUUUAUGCGCCAAGUUGAUAUACAAUUUUAUCAAAACUUAGUACAAGUUUUAUUACCAGAUGUGUUGCGUCCAAUACCUAGUUCAUUAACGCAAGCCAUUCGAAAUUUCGCUAAAGGCUUAGAAAGUUGGUUAAAUUCAGCAAUGACUGGAUGUCCACCAAAUAUGCUUUCUGUAAAACUUUCAGCUGUAUCUGCGUUUAGUCAAAGUCUGCGUCGAUAUACAUCAUUGAAUCAUUUAGCACAAGCUGCGCGUGCUGUUUUACAUAAUGGACAACAAAUUGCUCAAAUGCUAGCAGAUUUAAAUCGUGUUGAUUUUCACAAUGUUCAGGAACAAGCUUCAUGGGUAUGUCAAUGUGAUUAUGCAACCGUGCAACGAUUAGAAGCUGAUUUUAAAUUAACAUUGCAACAACAAAAUUCAUUAGAACAGUGGGCUGGAUGGUUGAAAAAUGUUGUACAAACAAUAUUAAAGCCAUACGAGGGCAAACCAAAUUUUUCAACGGCUGCACGACAAUUUUUAUUAAAAUGGUCAUUUUAUAGUUCAAUGGUGAUUCGUGAUUUAACAUUACGUUCAGCGGCUAGCUUCGGUUCAUUUCAUUUAAUUCGGCUAUUGUAUGAUGAAUAUAUGUUUUAUUUAAUUGAACAUCAAGUGGCGCAAGCUACAGGAAUUUCACCAAUUGCUGUUAUGGCUGAAUCAAAUAAACAAGAACAUCUAGAUAUCACAAACGGUAUUGGCUUGUUUGAUAGUGAUUUAAGUUCAUGUAAUGGUGGCAUGCCAGUAAUAAUGUCAACGAUGUCAUCGCCAGGAGUUAUAAAACAAUCACCAAGUAGUGGAUCAGAUACUUCUUCAUCAAAACGUCAUAAAGUCAGCUAGUGGUGUUGUUCUUUAUCAGCAUUCAUCCAAACAAUAUCAUCAACAUAUGUAAUGGCUGUAAUUAUAAUUAUUCGCAUCAAUAAUUUGGUGAUUAAACUGCAAGGAAGUUUAGUUUUUCUCUGUGUGUGUAUAAAUAAUUGUGUGAAGUAACCAAAAAAAAAAAAAGAAAAAUUUAAUGUCGCAUAAUUAUGCCUAUUUCAAAAGUAAAUGUAUAUGAUGUUUAAUGUGUAUCCGGAAUUUUCAGGGUUACUUACUUUUUGUCAUAUGAAACUUAUGUAAAAAAAUAUUUUUUCCAGAAAAAAUCAAAUAUAAUUAUUUUUAUUAGGGUAUUUUUUUAAAGUAUACUUUUUUCGCUGUCUUGCCAAAAAUAAGAUAUUUAGACCCAGCCACACUCAACUAAACAGAGUUUUGGUUAUAUAAAAAAGAUGCUAUUAUUUGUUAAGCAUAAUAUUCACUUAGAGCUACAAUAUACGGAUCUACAACUAGGGCCAUACCUUAAAUGAAGAAACUAACUAUUUCUGACAAAACGGCAAAAAUUUGGUUAAUUUCGAGAUGGUUUAUGUCUCAGCCGUAGUUUGUCAGACGGCUCAGGCGAAUAUUUUAUUCAAACUUUCAGGCUAUUCUAAAACGGCUUAUUACACCCAUGCCGCUUGACUCCAAGUCAAGUGGCGUUUUUUAACUUCAGAUCAAUACUGUCUGCCACUACUUGAAUAUCAUUUAAGCAAUAUUCAUUCAAUACAACAAUUAAAAUCGCAAAACAUUUAAUAUAAUAUUUAGCCUAAUAUUCCCCGCGAUAAUAUGGGGCUGUACGAAUAAUUGUUUGGUUUGUGCCAUACUUAAGUAUCUAACCAUCAUUUUUAAAAACAUUCGUUUCUCCUUUAAAAAUGAUAAUUUGUGGUUCUACUAUUUAUUAUGAUUCUACUGAAAAUAAUGUUGAUUGAGGUUUAAUUUAAUUUAUUUU